AUGCAAGUCUCAAGCCUUUUCGCCGUCCUGGCUUCUCUCGCCAGCACCCUCGUGCUGGCGGCUCCCGCUAGCCUCGUCACUCGUGAAGACGCUGGCAUCGCACUGAUUGUCGGACCCCAGUAUCGAAUCGACAGCGGUAAGGCACAGGUGUCUGGCAGCAAAGAGAGUGUCGGGGACUCAUACGACCGCUGGUGGGGUCCGGACGUUCUCGGUCACGUCUCGCGGACCAUCCACAUCGGAGGGUUGGGCGAGCUCUUCGAUCCCGCGUCGGGCCCUGAGGGGGCGAGGAUCGCGAACCAGAUGUUCCAGUACACGGAAAAGUUUGAGGCGGAUGGAGUCAAGGUGAAAGCGGAGCCAUACUGGAUUGAAUGCUCCAUACUCCCCCCACGUGAGCCCAAAUCUGGUGGGAUUCCUCGCUCGGUCCAAUUCACGUUGCCGUCGUCCGAGGAGAUAAAGAAGGCAGGGGCCGGCGAAGGUCCCAAUACCAAAUAUCGCGUGAAAGAUAAGGGCGUCCAGCUCUCGUGCGAACGGUCAACCCAGCUCAACCGUCCAGCGUAG